CCAGCCAGUAUGAAAAGCUGGACUGAGACGAAAUGAUGUCUGUAGGUCGGGCUCUUUAGUACACUCAGUAUGUUUAGGGUGGACUACGACUGAGUGUCCAGAGACCCACGUCUCUCACGUACGAGACUGUCCGCUAUCCGGAGCCUAACCGUUUUUCUGAGAAUCCUUAAGGAUGGGAUUAAAUUCACUAUAGCACUGAAUAUUUUACGUCGCUUUAAAAACGCUUUUCGUAUUUAUAGGCUAUGCGUCUGACGACUAAACUGUAAAACUUGAAAUCGUGACCAGCGAUAUUCGUCAAUGAAACACGUUUGGAGCUACAACGUUGCAGCAAGCCUCAGGGGGUCCUGCGUGCUCAGUUGGUCUUAAAGGAGCAGUCAAAGUAGCACGGGAGGGUAAAAUGACCAUGUCCGUUCCAGAGAACAUAUCGGGGCCCGGGGGGAAAGAGGAGGAGAGUGAAGAUGAGAGUGAAAUCUUGGAGGAAAGCCCCUGCGGCCGCUGGCAGAAGCGACGGGAACAGGUCAGUCAGGGAAAUGUCCCAGGCAUUGAGAGUGCAUACUUGGCCAUGGACACUGAAGAGGGGGUGGAGGUGGUGUGGAACGAAGUGCAGUUUUCAGACAAGAAGGUUUUCAAAUCCUUUGAGGAGCGGAUAAGGGAGAUGUUUGAGAACCUGAUGCAGGUGGAGCAUCCGAACAUUGUGAAGUUUCACAAGUACUGGUUGGACAUGAGAGAGAGCAGAGCGAGGGUGAUUUUUAUCACUGAAUAUAUGUCAUCUGGAAGUCUAAAGCAGUUUUUGAAGAAGACCAAGAAAAACCACAAAACCAUGAAUGUGAAGGCAUGGAAGCGUUGGUGCACACAGAUACUCUCUGCACUCAGUUACUUGCAUUCAUGUGAUCCACCCAUUAUCCACGGUAACCUGACCUGUGACACAAUCUUUAUCCAGCACAAUGGCCUCAUAAAGAUCGGCUCAGUUUGGCACAGGCUGUUUGUCAAUGUGUUUGCUGAGGCGAUUCAUGGCAAUGUGCAUCAACAUCGAGAUGAAGUGCGGAACCAGCAUUUCUUUGCUCCAGAGUAUGGCAUGGCUGGAGAUGACUACGCCAUUGAUAUAUUUUCAUUUGGCAUCUGUGCCUUAGAGAUGGCAGUACUAGAAAUUCAGGCCAAUGGAGACAACGCCGUUUCUAAAGAGGCCAUUGAUCAUGCCGGACAUUCACUUGAGGACCCUCUCAUGAGGGAAUUUAUCCAGUCGUGUGUGCUCACAGAAGCCAAGACGAGACCUACAGCUCAUGACCUGCUGUUCCACAGAGUGUUAUUUGAGGUCCACUCCUUAAAACUGCUUGCUGCGCACUGCUUUAUCAAUAACCAGUAUCUCCUUCCUGAGAAUUGUGUGGAAGAGAAAACAAAAUCUUUUGACCCUAACGGCGUCAUGGCAGAGAUUAAUCACCGUGACCGACCUGGAGUCCAUCUAAAGUACUCUCAUGUUUCUCCUCUGGAGCUGGACAAAUUCCUUGAGGAUGUGAAGAACGGCAUAUAUCCCCUCAUGAACUUUGCUUCCCAGCGACCGCAUCCUAUCCCCCGCGCACUUUCUUUGUCACAGGAACAGAUGGAGACUGUGAAGACCCCAACCCCAGAACCACAGGAGACUGAAACCAGAAAGGUUGUCCAGAUCCACUGUAAUUUGGAAGCAAAUGAGGAAGGCACAAGGAGUCAUCUCUCUCUCUUUUUAAAAAUGGAUGACCGGCUUCACCGGCAGCUUAGCUGUGAUGUUUUGCCAUCUGACACCCCCAAAGAUUUGGCUAGUGAGUUGGUUCACCAUGCUUUCAUCAGUGAGGAAGACUGCGAGAAGUUGGCAUGUUUUCUUGAGGAUGCAUUAUGUAAGCACUGGUCAGGGACAUCCACCUCCCCUACUGCCAUGGCUGUUAUGUACUAAGCCUAGCUGGCCCCAGAAUAGACCGAAAGAGAUUGACGACAGGGCCAAAGCUUGAGAAAAAGAGAUGAAGAGAGAUCCAGAAGAGGGAAAUGAGUCCAAAAGCGCAACAUUUACAUCAUGAAGGUCAUGACAAGAUGGCUUCAGAAUAAGUGAUGGGCCUGGGGAGAAGAGCUUGCACCAUACUGCAUUGUAUCUGCACAAACUCCGAUGAGCUCAAACUGUUAAAUUUGAUCUUGACGGUCGAAUUACUGCUAUCAUCUCACCAUGACGAUUUUUUUAUGAGUUCAAAGGAUUUUUAAUUACAUCCCUCCAUUGUGCCUAUAUGGCAUAAUCCAUCCUCAUCUCGCAAAGGACAAAAUCUCAGACAGACAGUUUUGUUCCAGAUAAAUGUUAUUUAUUAUUUUAAAGAUUUAAUAGCUUGUCUUGGUAUAAAUGUUUAAAAGUUCAAGCAAGGAAAUGCAUUAAACCGUUAAACCGA